ACUGAGCUACCUAGCGCGUUCAAGAACAACAAAAAAAACCCCAUCACCAAGAUGUCGCUAACGGUGCGCAUUAACAAGUUCCAGCUGCCGAAGUCGAAGGCGAACCUGCUCGGGCGGGUCGAGUUUCGAGGUGUUGCCCAUACGACCACCGAGCUGAACUGCGGCUCCGAGCUCGUCGAAGUCAAUCAGAGCUUCAUCUGGCCGCUGGCACGGGCUGCGGACGAGUCGGAGACGAUCACGGUCGAGCUGCGGCAGCAAACUACCAAGAUCCUGCUCAAGACCGGCCUCGGUGGGUCGAGUGGUUCCGGCGGGACCGGCAACCGGGGCAGCAUCACCAGCAGCACCAAAAUCAUCGGACGAUUCGUCAUGCUAGCGCAAGCACUCAUCCACGAAGGUCGGCUGAGGAUAGAGGACCGGCUGGUGGACCUAUCGAGCAAGCCAAUAGACGCAUUCGUCAGCUUCGAUGUGUACUACCAGAGUCCGGAGGAUGAGUCAGGCAACUUCUAUUCACCGCGCGUUGUCCACUCACUCCACCAGCAGUCGAGCAUUGACGACGACCAACAGAUGCUGCUGAACAUCGAGCAGAACAUCGCCAACCUCGAGAAGAGCCUAACACAGGGUCGCCAACCGGCAGACCCAGGAGGAUCCUCCUCCACCGGACGAGGUCGCUCAGGACGUCCCAAAGAAACCACCGGUGAGCGGAAGCCAAACCUCAUCAAACGCGUCAUGUCGUCAGGUUCUGCUGGACUUGGUGAACGAGCAGCACCAGCUAAACCACCUAACGCACCACCUGAUCACGCGUCUUCUGACAAUGAGGCGUCGACCCGACCAACACGCUCACUUGCGGAUAAGAAGGUGACAUUGCGCACUGUUCGCAACUUCAUGCGUUUAGGACGAUCACGUCAGUCGUCGCGUGAGAGCACCGCCAGUAGUACAGAGGACGAAGGUAAAUCUCUCAUCGGCGAGCCGGAUUACGCCAGAGUUCAGCCCACAGAUUCUACGGAUGGAACGGAGACGAUGGGACGGUCAGCUGGCGAAGGAGAGCUAGAGCGAGCUCCUGACAGUCCACCACACCCGGGAAGAGGCGAGACAGUCUCACAGACAUGCAGUACGCACUCGAACGCGUCCAGUGACGGCGAGGAUGUGACCGCUAAUGAGAAGCUCAAGAAAAUCAAAAGCCUGGCGAAAGGAAACGACCAUCUCAAGUCGCAGGACUUUCAGGUGUGCGUAACCGUCAUCGAGGCCCGCCAGCUGCCGGGGCUUAAUAUGGAUCCGGUCGUUUGCAUCCAGGUCGGUGAUCAGAAGAAGUACACCAGCGUCAAGGAGAGCACCAACUGUCCGUACUAUAACGAGUACUUUGUCUUCGACUUCCACAUGCCACCGGUAAUGCUGUUUGACAAGAUCAUAACGCUCUCAGUCAUACAUUCUCGCAAGUUUAUGCGCUCCGGAACGGUGGUGGGCUCGUUCAAAAUCGAUCUCAAAACAGUCUACGAUGCGCCCGAUCAUCAGUUCUACCACAAGUGGGCGCUACUCUCAGAUCCGGAGGACUUUGCGGCAGGUCCGAAGGGUUACCUCAAGUGUGACGUUGGCAUCAUCGGUAAAGGAGACACGGUGAAGGUGCCUCCAAAGUCAGAGAAGGAUCCGGAUGACAUCGAGGCGAAUCUACUACUUCCUGAUGGGGUGCCGAUCGAACGUCAACGGGCGAAGUUCAUCGUGAAGGUAUACCGUGCUGAUGGUCUACCUCGCAUGAACUCCUCAAUCAUGGCGAACGUCAAACGAGCAUUCACGGGUGAAACGAAAGAUUUAGUCAACCCGUACGUGCAGGUGUCUUUUGCAGGACUGACGGGCAAGACGAACGUGAAGAAGGCCUCGUACAAUCCGGUCUGGAAUGAGCAGCUCGUCUUUACGGAGAUGUUCCCACCGCUCUGCCAGCGCAUCAAGAUCCAGCUGCGAGAUGCCGACCCGAUGAAGCCGUCGAUCAUCGGUACGCACUACAUCGACCUCAAGCAAAUCUCCAAUGACGGUGAAAAGGGCUUCCUGCCAACGUAUGGGCCGUCGUUCGUGCACCUGUACGGGUCGACACGUGACUACAAUCUACUCGAUCAGCAUUCAAACCUCAACACCGGGCUCGGUGAGGGAGUCAGCUAUCGUGCACGGUUGCUCGUUGCCAUCCGUACGGAAAUCACCGACAAUGUCGAGUUAUUCACUGACAAGAACGUUGAGGUUGAACCAACGCUACCCAUUUGUGAGUCGUCAUAUUGCAAGACAGACGGAUUCUUCCUUUACGCGACUGUGCUGGAAGCGUCAAUGCUGGACAAGAAGGUGUGUGACAGAUCGGUUUAUUUUGAGCUUAGUAUGGGCAAUGCGGGCAACUCACUUGACGGACAUAAUGAGAGCGCAACCAACAACAUGGACGACGAUGACGAUCCAGUAUCAAUUGAUACUACCGCUUACAACAGUACAACCAGUGCAUGUAAGCCAAUCUCACACGAUAAAAAUCACUUCUACCUGCCGUACUGGGACUACAAGCCGUGCAUGGACGUACGCGCCUGGUUUCCGGACCUCCGUCGCCGUAUGUAUAACAGCAACAUGAUAGCGAAGAUCAGCGAACGUUUGGAGGUGGGUCUGGCAGAAACAAACCUACUGCUAGAAGACGAAGACCCAACAGCUGAGGUGAAGCUACGUGGGGUCCUGGAAGAGGUAGCUUCCAGUUGCAACAAAUACGUCACCAUCACGAAAGGUGCUCUAGUAGGACCCGGUACCGGCAAGACGAAGCUCGACAAAGAACGGUUGAAGCUGUGUCAGCGUGAGCUUGAAUCUAUAGGCAACAUGUCACGCAAUCUGCGAGCGCUAGUCACCAAGAGCUCCAUGCGGGAGCGUUAUCGUACAGCCCACAGCUACUUGACACGGUUGCGUUUCUUGGUCGACGAUCCUCAACAUGCUCUGCCUGACGUGUUUGUGUGGAUGAUCGCGAAUGGGAAGCGUGUCGCUUAUCACCGGUUGGAUGCACGAGACCUGCUGUACUCCACCAUCGAAGAGGAGACGGGCGUGCACUGUGGCAAAGUCCAGACGGUGUUCUUGAAACUGCCAGGUCGGCAGGCAGAAGGUCCCGCCGGAUGGCACGUCAGAGCGAAACUCUCGAUAUAUCUGUGGUUGGGAACGCUUAAGCACAAGCGCUUCUUCUACGCAGGUCUACCGAAGGGCUACGAACUGUUGCAUGAGCUAAAGCACGCAGAAAAGGUCAGUGUUCCGGCUCCGACAACGGUGCACUACGUUGAGCGGCAUGUAUUCCAGCUGAGGGCGCACAUCUACCAGGCGAGGUCCUUGAUCGGUUCGGAUGCGUCAGGUCUCAGUGACCCAUACGCGACUGUCUACGUGACGGAAUACGCUAAGACGACGCAGGUGAUUGAGGAAACGCUCAGCCCGACCUGGGACGAGCUGCUCGUGUUUGAUGAGAUUACCGUGUAUGGCUCGAAGGACGAGAUCCGACGUGACCCUCCAACGAUCGUGAUUGACGUCUACGAUCAGGACAAAGUCGGAAAGUCAGACUUCAUUGGUCGGGCGAUCGCACGACCUCGGGUGAAACUUCGCGAGCACCAUUAUACUACUCCUGUGCUGGAGUGGUUCGAGAUCACCCGUGGACUGGAUGGGGCAGGUGAAUUACUAGCUGCCUUCGAGAUGCUCGAGCACGGCUCAGAAGACGUCCCACGGCUGUCAGAUCCGAAGUAUGUAGCGAGUGCGGGUGGAAGUGAGCAUACACCACAGCCAACUCUCGCUAUCCUGCCGGUGCCGCAGGAGGUACGCCCAAACCUGGCGCGAUUCCGCAUCGAGGUACUAUUCUGGGGAUUGCGUGAUCUAAAGCGCGUCCACUUCAUGACAGUUGACAAGCCCCGCAUCGACAUCGAGUGCUCAGGGCGCAUCCUAAACUCGAGCAUUGUGCAGAAUGCGAAGAAGAACCCCAACUUCGCUAGCAUGCUCAAGUUCUUUGAUCUUGAUCUGCCGAUUGAGGAACGAUACGCACCUCCAAUCACGAUCCGUGCCGUGGAUUGUCGUUCGUUUGGACGUUACACGCUGGUGGGUACGCACCAGAUCACCUCCAUUCAUCGUUACAUGCAUCGACCACCACCUAAGGAUGAUCCGAAGCGUUACAACCAGGACGGGCAGUUGGUGUUGUCGAGGCGACGCACCGACGCUGUGGGUAACGUGCUACCAGACACCGGUAUGCCUGGAGAGUCGUGGUCUGGAGACAACCUGACGCUUUAUGGAGCGGCUUGUGUUGCAAAAGCGGCUGGUACAGGUCGAGGUAAGCGUAACAAGCGCAAGCCGCUAGAAUCGCAGGGUACGUUCGAUGGUCAGGAUGGGGGUGGUGGAGAUGAUGGUGAUGAUGAUGACGGAUCAAGCAAGGACUGGUGGACGAAGUACUUCCUCUCGUACGAACGGUUGAUCGAGUCAGCCAAGAGCUCUGGCGCUGGUGGAACCGGAACCGGUGUUGGAGGGAUCGGUAUGGGAUCUGGGGAGGCUGGUGGAUCUGCAGAUGGUGGUAAGAAGCUCGGUGUUAAGACGUCCCGGCUCGUGUCAAAGCUUAGCCCCAAGGCAACACCUAAGAAGUCGUCAAACCCACGCGUUGCCACCUGUCAGAUUUACCCAAGUGAGCUGGAAUCGGUGUACGAGUAUGGUCAAUUCAAGGAGUGGCUGCACUCAUUCCCGUUAUACCGUGGUAAGAAGACAGGUGACAGCACGGAAGAUGAAACGCGAAUCGUGGGAUUCUUCAAGGGUGCGAUAAAGGUAUACCGGCUGCCGAUUGAGAAGGGCAUGGAGCCGGCAUUCGCACCAACCUUACCGCUCAAUGACCCGAUCCAUGUUCUUGUACGCGUGUACGUUGUCAAAGCGACCGAUUUACACCCAAUGGAUCUAAACGGCAAGGCAGAUCCAUACGUAGUGCUACAGCUCGGCAGCAAACGUAUCUCCGAUAAGGACAACUACGUCAGCAAGCAGCUUAACCCAGUGUUUGGAAAGUGCUUCGAAAUCGAAGCGACCUUCCCGCAGGAUUCGAUGCUGACGGUGCAGAUCUUCGAUUGGGAUUUGGUUGGUUCGGACGAUCUCAUUGGCGAGACGAAGAUCGAUUUGGAAAAUCGAUUCUACAGUAGACAUCGAGCGAUGUGCGGUAUCUCUGCACGUUAUGAGGACUCCGGGUACAACAUCUGGCGGGAUCCUAUGAAGCCGACCCAAAUUCUGUCAAAGCUGUGCAAGGAGAACAAGCUGGAGGCACCACAGUACUUGCAGGACCGUGUAACCAUCGGUCGGUGUUGCUUUCUGUUUACGAGUGAGGAAAUCCAGACGUGGUCUAGUCCAGCGUCCAUCAAGUACCGAGACGAGCAUCUUGCGUUGGCCGUGCUACAUCGAUGGGAGGAGAUGCCACGUGUUGGUUGUAAGAUCGUUCCUGAGCACAUCGAAGCACGGUCGUUGUACAGUAGCGAUAAACCGGGCAUUGAGCAGGGUAAGCUUGAGAUGUGGGUGGACAUGUUCCCGAUGGAUAUGCCUCUACCGGGACCACCAGUAGACAUCUCCCCUCGUAAGCCCAAAUCAUACGAGCUGCGCGUCGUCAUCUGGAACACGGACGAUGUGGUACUGGAGGAUGACGCCUUUUUCACCGGGGAGAAGAUGUCGGACAUCUACGUGAAAGGAUGGUUGAAAGGGCCUCAGGACAUGCAGGCAACGGAUAUACACUACCGCUCGCUGACCGGUGAGGGUAACUUCAACUGGCGCUUUAUCUACCCCUUUGAGUAUCUUGCUGCUGAAGAGAGGAUAGUGCUGUCGCGCAAGGAAUCACUGUUCAGCUGGGACGAGACAGAGGUGAAGAUACCGGCCCGGUUGGAGUUGCAAGUUUGGGAUGCAGAUCACUUCUCGGCCGAUGACUUUCUGGGCGCCAUCUCGCUCAACCUUAACCGUUUCCCGCGUGGGGCGAAGUCCUCCAAGCUCUGCACGCUUGACAUGCUGCGUACGGACAACGUACCGACGGUGAACAUUUUCAAACAGAAGCGCGUUCGUGGCUGGUGGCCAUUCUUCAUCAAGAAGGAGAACGACGAGAUGGAGCUCACCGGCAAGGUGGAGGCGGAGAUUCAUCUGUUAACCAAGGAGGAGGCGGAGAAGAACCCAGCAGGAUUUGGUCGCAACGAGCCGGAUCCGCUCGAAAAACCGAACCGACCAGACGCUUCGUUCAUGUGGUUCCUCAAUCCUCUCAAGUCGGUGCGGUACAUUGUCUGGCACAACUACAAGUGGAAGAUCAUCAAGGGGUUGAUCAUAAUCGGCAUCGCCAUCCUGUUGCUGUUGUUCUUCUACGCCGUGCCGGGCUACACGGUAAAGAAGAUGCUCGGCGCAUAAGCGGACCACGAUGUAAUCGAUACAUAAUCAAGCAAGUUGAUACCAAAAUACGCAACCAAAACCACCAGCAAUCGUUAAGAACCAAGCAUGCUUUCGUUCCGUUCCGUAUGUUAUGAGUUUUUGCGUCACAGUGAUUCUAGUCUCAAAGCACAACGUUCAAGCACGAAUACUCGACAAAAUGCCGGCACCGGAAGCGCAGAGUGCGCUCGGUGGAGUGAAUCCUCCCCGGGCCGGGUCUGGUUCGAAUUUCGUCCAUGCGACACCAAACUCAAACGUAGCGUACUAGUUGAGGAAGAAUAGGCGUAGCAGGAAAUGGCACAUACAAAUAUAGAUAUUUACACAUAUUUAUACAUAUUACUAUAAAUAUUUAUAAAUUUAUUAACCGUGUUUUAUGCAACGAAAGCCCUUCGGAAAGGAUUUGUUCAUCCGGUAGUGGAUAGAAACCAAGCACAUCAUAGGCUCGCAGGCAGGGUUGAAAAGCGAACGGAGAACAGACGAACGCACAGGAGCACCCUGUGAGCAGAUAGUUUCAGGUGUAAUUACGGCUACUUCUCUAACAGCUAGUGUUGUAGGCGUUAUUUCACCGGAAGCUCUCGUUCGUUUGUUCCUAAGGACCAACGAUUUUUUUGUUUUUGUUCCCAGUUGCUGUUUAAACGUCAACUAGAGCUUAAUCAAAACGAAAUGCAACAGAACGGCACAUUCGUGACAUAUAUUAUCCAUCGUUAUCAGAGCUCUAUCAAACAUUUCAUAUACAAAUCAAGACGAGAGUGCGGGCAACUCAGUAGCCCAACGAUCCAGUUAUACACAUUCACAUAUGAUAUGCGUACCGUAGCUAUUUGCGAAAUCCUCUUCUAUUCCUCGUGAACGUGUACGUACACUGUAAAGUAGAUAGUGCAAAUGAAAAAUCCAGUUUAUCUAAUUCAAUCUCAAUCGAAGCGUCGCCUCCAUUCUUGGAACACCCUGGUUUUAAGGCACCACGUGCGAUGACUUCAUAACACCACGCUGUUACUCCAGUUCUUUGCCUCAACACACCCACUAAGUGCACACACGUGAGCACCGGCUUCGUCAGACGAACGCCAAAAACCCUCUGGUAAAUUGUUAGUGAGAAGCAAAACCCACUAGAGUUAUUCAGACGUUAUGCUGUUGAUUUCCACUUAGCUACAUUUAUCAUGACACAAAUAAAAA